AGACAGUUUUAAACAAUGAGAAUUUCUAGCGGUUACAUUGUUGUCAACACGAUCACGAAUUAAAACAACUGGUGGUGUGUGGAUGAAGGCAGUAUAAUCCUGAAAUAUGGAAUUCUGCGGCUUAAUCUUUAUAUUUGCAGCAGUCACAGGAUUCGAGAUCUCUGUCUCUCCUGGGAAAAAUCUCUGGGUUGGAGAGGAUUUGGUUCUGGUAUGUACAGUACAUCCCAAACAGCAAGGAACUAUCUGGCACAGAUCAACUUUAGGAGGGGAGGAAAUAAUUUCUCAUGCAGAUAGUUUACUGAUCAAGGAUUCUAGGAUAGAUUUAAAAACUACUAGAUACGAAGAUUCUGUUCAAUAUCUAAUGCAGAUAAACAAAGUGUCGGAAAUGGAUUCAGGGCGAUAUUUUUGUGACUCUACGCAAGCUGUGGCUCAUGGUUCAGGGGUUAGCAUAGACAUAGGAGUUUUUACACCAAUCAUGCAAAAAGAUCAGGCAGAUGGUAAGCUAACUACAGAUGAUAAGGAUGUAAUGUCUCCAUUACUUAAAUCAGAAAACCUUAAAUUCAGAACAGCUGAUAUAGAUCUGGAGUCAGAAAAUGGAAACCAAAGAGCAGCAAAUGUGAAUCUAGGAGCAGUAAAUGUGAAUCUAGGAGCAGCAAAUGUAAACCUAGGACGAUUACAUUCUGACCUCGACGAAAGUUUUUCGACUCAGCCGCAUAUUCCUGAUUAUAUUCCUUCCUCCUCCCCCCCACCUUAUUCAUCAUCCUCCCCUCCCCCCUCCCCUCCCUCCCCUCCAGUUGAAGGUUUAAAACUGGGAAUGAAUGAGAGUCCAAAAAGUAUCCAUGCCAGUAUAAUUUUAACCCUAUCUAUCCUACUGCUACAAUUAUAUCAACGAUAACCAAGUGAAAAUGCAUUUUUUGUUAAGACGUUUUUUUUAAAUCUUAAGUUGAGUAUUUUUUGAUUAAAUCCAAAUCUCUUAAUUAUAUUCAGAUAAAAAAUGAUCAUGCUAAUAUUAAGAAUUUUGAUAUUACGCUUCAGGUUAGCGCCGUAAUCAUAUAAAAUUAAUUCUAAAAAUAAUUUACUUUUUAGGACAAAGUUGAGUUUUUUGUCUUGAAAUUUUGCCAUAUAUUUAGAAUAAAUUAGAACCAACACCACCGCAAAGUACAUAAUUUGGGAAAAGCCAUGUAAAUCCAAAAAGUUGUUCUGAAAUUUAUUCUAAUAUUUGCUUUUAUGCUUCAAGUUCAAAUCCCUAUAUAUUUGACCUAUAUAUUAACCUGAUGUUGGAAAAAUAAAGAAGAAAUUUUGUGUAUUCUACACUUUUCUUUUUUUGUCACACUGUUUAUUUUUUUUGUCAAGAAUUGAGUUAAAGACUGUAAAAUAUGUAUAUUCUCAAUAAAAUGUUCUAUACUGAA